AUGUUUGGGAAGGAGAAGUGUGGAAAUGAAGAUGGACUUUUAAGAUGCAAUGACAACGAAAGAAAGGGCCUUGGAUACUCUUCAGACCUCGAUGCCCAAGACCAAGGGAAAAGGGGGAGGCGCCCCGGAAUAUCUUAUGCAGACCUAAUAACGGAGGCCAUAGAAAGCAGCUCAGAAGGAAUGCUGACGCUCAAAGAGAUAUACUCCUACAUUUCUUCAAAGCACCCAUACUUCUCUCUUAAGAAAACAGGAUGGCAGAACUCCAUCAGGCACAACCUAAGCCUGAACAAAUCCUUCUAUAAGGUCCCGAGAACGGCGGUGAAUCCAGGAAAGGGCUCGUUCUGGAAGAUAAACUACGAGUUUCAGAACAACAAGGGCUCUCAAAAGACUUAUAGAUCUAGGAAUAAAUAUUCAUUCAAUAGUCAUCGCGAUGCAGAAAAGAAUGUCAAUUCAAUAUCAGAGCUCCUUGGGGCGCAACAGGGAUUCUUCGACAACAUAGGUGUUACUGAGGUCCCUUUUGAACGCCAUACAACCAUCUUUGAUGGAAAUUUAACAAGCCUCAGUGACUGUCUCGAGCAUAACUAUCAAAAAGAAUACUUCGACCACAACGACGAUAUCUCAAACGCAAACUACAUCUUUUCGUUUAGAUGA